AAAUAGCUCGCGGAUCAAUCAAUCAGCAAAGAGAUGAUCGCCUUUAAUGGAGUAUGUAUAUAAAUCCGGUGGUCUCGUGUUCUUCCUUUAGGCAUUUUUCCUGGCACUCGGGUAAUAUCCCCCUCCUCCCCCAGCUCUCCACGAAUCAACCCAUUCCUCCUCCAUGCUCUUUCUCUCUGACUCGAGCCUUGCUAGAUUCAAUGCCGCUGCUGCUGCUGCUGUCCGUUUGCGUCAUUUAAUCUUCUGCGAGAAGACAGAAGACGAAUAUUAAAAAAGUAUCGUCGAUCGCGAGCAAGCAAUUCUUUCUCUCCCAGUCUCCCAAAGUACGAAAGACUCGAACAAUUCAUAGUAGAAUUCAUCACUCCACCUCUUCCCUCUCUUCUAGUUCUUCCCCUCUAUCUAGCCAUGGGAAGGCAGCCAUGCUGUGAGAAAGUAGGACUUAAAAAGGGGCCAUGGACUGCAGAGGAGGACAGGAAGCUCAUACACUACAUCACCAGCCAUGGGCACGGAUGCUGGCGUGCAGUUCCUAAGCUAGCUGGACUCCUACGCUGCGGAAAGAGCUGCCGCUUGCGGUGGACGAAUUAUCUCCGCCCCGAUCUCAAACGCGGUGUUCUCACGGAGCAAGAGGAGCAGAUGAUCAUCGAUCUGCACGCUGUCAUGGGAAACAGGUGGUCUCGCAUUGCGGCACAGCUCCCCGGCCGGACGGACAACGAGAUCAAAAACUACUGGAACACCAGGAUCAAGAAGAAGCUCCGGCAGAUGGGGAUCGAUCCAAUGACUCAUCAGGCCAUCAGCAGCAGCACCGCCAGCGGCCUGAGCUGCGUCACCGAGGAGGCGUCGCAGGCGGCGUCGCCAUCCUCGUCCACACCUGCGACCAUCCAAUUCACCAGCAGUCAGCAAGCGCAGGAGAACUUAGCGGAGACCAUGAUGAACCUGCUCGUCCAGGAGAUGCCAGGCGCUGACACCUCCGCUCACGAGUAUCUGGUCGUGCCACCCUCCUCGUCCGCUUCCUCUUCUUCUUCCUCCGGGAGUUCCUGGCAGCAACUGGCAAUGCUCAUGCCUCCCCCUCGCUUCCCGCAGCCAGAGGCCGCAGCACAGCUCCCGUGCUGUCUCCAAAAGCAGGAGACGGACUCCAGCGAGCAGCAGCAGCAGCAGCAGCAGCAAUCCACGAGUACGACUGUUGCAUGCGUGAAGCGGGAAGUGUCAUCGUCGCCGUCCCUGUGGGAGAUCAUCAACGGCCCCAGCAGCUUCCUCGACGACGAGUCGGCCUGCUCGCCGAGUUACUUCCAGCAAUGGAGCCACCCUGGUGCUGCUCAGCACCCCGUGACCGUUGCCAAUGCCUCCAGUUCACAUGAUCCCUGGCGUUCGCACCCAGCUUUUGUUGAAAGCCAGCACCAGCCUCAAGAGGAAGGCGUCCGCUACCCACACUCUUGCCAAGAGGAGCUCCAGAGGCUGGCUGCCAUCCUCGAUGACAUGUAA